CCAUUUUGUAGCAUUUAAAAAAAAGAAUUAACCAGCCUCCACAGGCGAUUUUGAAGGUUAAGUGGAUUUAGAACAAAACGGCAUUCAAACUGAAGCAGCUCAUUUGAUGAAGAAUAUAAAUCCAAUUUUAAAUGAUUCACGAGAGAGCAAAACUUGCAGGACGUCCCAAUUCUAACAGGGAUAAAAAAAAAAGAGUGACGAGGAAGGAAAUAGAAUUUGUUCCGAGUAUUUAUAACCGAAUUUCGCUAAAAGCAACUAAGGACCAGGUGGUGUUCAAGAAGCCCCAACCACCUAUAAACUGUACAUCUCUGAAGGUUGCAUUGAUCGCUAGACAUCGAAACAUCUUAAUGAAUACCAUUAAACUCAACGCCACAAAUAUUGACAGCAGAAAGCUUCCGAUUCAGUUUUUACGCCUCCAUUAUAGGGUUUACUCAAAGAUACAAGAUAAGCACCCAAUCGAAAUGACAGAACACUUUCAUAUAAAACUCACUAACCUUAAACAGUUGAAUUGAAAUUUUCCCGAAAUUGCUCACAUCGUUGGUUGAGAUUACAUGAGAAAAUAUUUGAAAAUACAGGUUUAAUGAAAUUUUUAAAAAAUGGUUUUAACUGAAGAAUCGUAUUUGAAUACUCUUUAAAUUUAUUAUAACUGAUGAAAAUUUGGCUGCCACUAACUUAUUCAGCUUUGACAGAAGCAAAACUCAAUCUUCAAACACCACGACUCGUUAACUUACUAAAUAUAUUAAGAUAAAUCAAUAUUUCACAAGAUAAAUUACGAAUUUAUAUAACAAAUGCACUAUAUUACGUAUUUAUAUAUCAAAUGCACUUAGCUCGACUAGAAAAUUGUUAAUGUGAUUCAGAGGGGCAUCUUGCAAUAAAUGAUAGAAGAAUAGUAUAAAUGCAAGAAUAUCAUAGCCAAGUCACUACGAAAAUACUCGAUACCUAAUAUGCUGCAAGUAAAUUUGAUUACGUUUUAUUCUAUCUGGAAAAAUAUCACAAAGUUGCCAAUAACAGUGACGUUGCAAACACAUCGGAUUCUUCUGCCAAAUAUUCCAAAAAUUUGUAAAUUUUAAACAAAAAAAUAAGGAAAACGAAGUUAAGCAAAUAAGAAAUGAAAAGAAUACAUAAAUUAUGGUUAUGCUGGCAACAAACAGAAUAUUAGGUUACAAAAAAAAAAGCAAAUGAAGAAAAAAAAUUGUUUUCGACAAGCUUGGAAUGACCUAAAUCAGUUUUAGUAAUUUAAUAGAAUAUUCCGAAGCUGAAUAAAACGUCUUUUGCAUAUAAACCUAAAACCCACAAAAAAGCAUAAUACUAUCCAAUCUAUUUCAGAACAAAGAGCAUUAAAGAAGGUCAAGGUUAAAAAAAAAAAACGACAGUACAUAAUAUAAUCAAGCUAGCUGCACAACAGUUAACACUUUGUAUUCUAGAGACAUUAUGGUCUCUAUGGAAAGAAAAAAGAACAAAAAAGGAUAUUGUAUAUCUUGACUUGUAGGCAAGAACGGCAAAACAAAAAAAAUUGCAAUCAAAGAAAAUGUUUUCUCUGUUGGAAAACGAACUGAAGUUAAAUUAUUACUGGUAACUUUGAAAUACAGAAGUAGAGCAGAUAUUCUUCGUUGCUAAAUUGCAGGAACAAAGGAGGAGUGUGGUCGGUUUUAAAACAUCGAAUGGUGGCGCCCAGUUGCUGGUAGCGGGUGGGUGGGGGACAGCCAGGAGGGGCGAUCGUGCGCUUCUCAUAUUAAAGCGGCACAGAUUGUCUUGCGUCAACUCAGAAACAGCAAUCUCUUAUUUCUCUACCUGUCAGACGCAAUGAUCAUCAAUGAGACAACGAUGGCGACCUCAGACUUAUUCAUAUCAAGCCAAAAUGCAUAUACAGCCAUGAACUGAUCUUAAAAAAAAAACAAACAAACAAAAAACUGUUCUACAUCUGCCUUUUGUCAAUUUUUUCCCUUCACAGGUUCGACAAGAAAGUGAAGAACAUUUGGUAUCGAAAUCCAUUGGAAAAGCAACAAAAUAUAUAAACAAAGGAAAAAAAAAGAAGUUCCCUUUAACUCAACAUGGCCUACAGCAGCCUGAGUCGAGCCCAGCUGAGUUUUGAAUAUCUACAUACCAAUUCAACAACUCAUGAAUUCCUGUUUGGUGCUUUGGCUGAACUGGUGGACAAUUCAAGAGAUGCCUCUGCCACAAAAAUGAACAUCUAUACAUUGGAAGAUGAAAGUCUUCGAGGUGGCUUUAUGAUGUGUUUUCUUGAUGAUGGCGAAGGCAUGGAUCCAAAUGAAACUGCUGAUAUUAUAACAUUUGGCAAAUCUUCCAAGAAGUCAGCAGAUUCCCAACAGAUUGGAAUGUAUGGCAAUGGCUUGAAAUCAGGCUCAAUGCGUAUUGGGAAUGACAUGAUUAUUUUUACAAAGAAGGGAACUACUAUGUCAUGUUUAUUCCUUUCCCGAACAUUCCACGAAGAAGAAGGUAUAGAUGAGGUUGUAGUGCCAAUUCCUUCUUUUGAUACUAAAUCCAAAAGUCCUCUUGCUAAGAAUGUUCGAGCAUUAGAAAAACAUGACUUAGAAAUGAGUUUAAUCCUGAAGUAUUCCCCAUUUAAAAAUCUUGAAGAUUUCUAUGCACAAUUUGACAAAAUUAAUUCUUCCACUGGAACCCUUGUGAUAAUUUACAAUUUAAAAUUGUUGGAUAAUGGUGAACCUGAAUUGGAUAUUGUCUCAGACACAACAGAUAUUAUUCUCAAUAAUCCACUCUCUGGAGAAUUUGACUCUGAUGAAGGUUUAAUGCCUGAGAGGAAGUCAUUCCGCGCUUACACAGCAGUCCUAUAUAUGGACCCAAGAAUGAAAAUAUAUAUCCAAAAUAAGAAAGUCCGUACCAAACGUUUAGCUUGCUGUCUCUAUAAACAACGCAUGUACAGAUAUUCGUCCAACAGAUUCCGAACGCGUUCUGAACAAGAUGCCAACAGAGCUGAUGAAGAUGCCAAAAUUGCUGCUGAGAAAUCUCGAGAAGCAGAGAGCAAAGCAAAAAACUUGGAGAAAAAAUAUGGUACCUCUUUUAAUAAAGAUCUGAGAGCAGAUUUGCGGAAAGCACAGACUUUUGCAUUAGAAUGUCGUAAAGAGUCUCAAAUACGCAAAAUGGUGGCUGACCGGAAAUUGAAAGCACUCAAAGAACCAAAGAGCCUCAGUUUUAUAUAUGGUGUAAAUAUUGACAAUCGUAACCAGGAUGGAAUAUUUGUAUAUAAUUGUAGCCGAUUGAUUCGGAUGUAUGAAAAAGUUGGGCCGCAGUUGGAAGGUGGGGUCUGUUGCAGUGGGAUUGUGGGUGUUGUUGAUGUUCCUUAUUUGGUGUUGGAGCCGACCCAUAACAAGCAAGACUUUGCUGAUGCCAAAGAAUUCCGAUAUUUAAUGAAAGCUAUGGGCGAACACAUGGAACAAUAUUGGAAUGAUCUGAAUAUACAUCAAACUGGAAUUACAAGCUUUUGGUCUAAUUUUGGUUAUAUCAGCUCAAAAUGGAAAGAUCCACCAUCUUCAGAUGCCAAAUAUGCCAGAAGACGAGCGAUGCAAGUUAGUUUUACUCUUCAGUGUGAUGCUUGCCUGAAGUGGCGAACACUUCCCUAUUCAGCAAACAAUGUUGGUCGUGAAUUCCCUGAUGACUGGGUGUGUAGUAUGAACCCUGAUCUUUCACACAACAAAUGCUCAGCUGCAGAACAGAAAAUGAACAUAGUUGAAGGUUAUCUCAAAAAAGAAAUGAAAUCAAAAGCACAGAAACAGAAAGAGUUAGAAGAAGAUAUUAAAAGAAAGACAGCAAAACUUCUAAAAUUACAGAACACAAAAGUAGUGGAAUCAUCAAAUCAGUUAAGAUUGGAAGAUGAAAGGAGACAAAAAGAAGAAGAAAUAGAACAAAAGAAAAAGGAGGAGCGAGAGAGGUUGAAAAAAUUAGAAGAGAAACGCAAGGCUGAAGAAGAGCAGAAAAAAGAAGAAGUUCGGAAAAAGAAGAGUGAAGUGGCUCGUGGCAGUAAAUCAAAGACCGUGGCAGACAAAGUCCAAGAUGGUUCCACAGUGUUUGUUAGUUCUUACCGAGCAAGGGAACAAGCUCUGCAACCUCCCAAACGAUCAAUGGCACGUACUGCAGCACAGGUCUAUGCUGAACGUCGAGCUGCUGCUAUAGAAGAAGCCAAAAGUAAGAAGUCUUCCACUGCAAAUAAUCGCCGACCAAAGGUGCCGACUAAAAAGACAAAGAAAAAACCAAAGUCCAGGCGCAGAUCAGCUUGGAAUGAGGAUGAUGAUGAUGAUGAUGAAGAUCACUCUGACAUUGAUGAGGACGAAGAAGAAGUGGUUGUGCCGACCAAGAAAUCUCGGCGACAAGCCAAAUUGGAAGAAGGAAGCCGUAAAGAAGUGGUGGAGGACAAGAAGGAAGUCAGCAGCAGCAGCUUUAAGGCAAAGGAGAAACGACCCAUAAUCACAGUGGUCACCGAAGAAGCUGAUGAUGAGGAGGACAGCAGCAAUAAUGUAGAUAUGGACUCUGACUGGGAGGAAGAGAAUGGUAAGAGUAGUAGCGAAGGAAGUGUCAAGUCAGCUGUGAAAAAGGAAAAGGGGAAGGAGAAAGAGGAGAGCAAAGUUGAUGAGGGCACGGGUGAUGAUGACGACGAGCAAGAUUUAGAUAGUGGGAAAGACUCUAAUCAAUGGUCAGAAGUAAAUUCUAGUGCAGACUCCACGAAACCAGUCCCUCAGAUCAAAGACAAUAUUGUACUCAAAAAAGAAGUUGAUACAAACAGUUCACCUUCGGACAGUAACAUGGUAUUAUCCAUGGAAUCGGAAAUGGAUUUCCCUACAAAUGGCCAAACGAUCUCAUCAGACUAUAUCAAACGAAAUUCUGAAAAACCUGAGUUUGCUGCAGCUGAACCCAGUACAGAUGAACCUGACAUGUCUGAUGCAGUACCUAUGGAAGUAAAUACCCAAGUUGAAGCACUUGUCAAUGGCCGAUGGUUUUCUGGAACUGUGAUUAAAAUCAACUCUUCAGAUGGCAAAUUAAAAAUAAAGUUUGAUACUUAUCCAAGGGACAAAUAUGAUAAAUGGUAUGAUCAAAAUGGACCUGAUAUACGGAAGCGUUCAAGUUCUACAAAGGAAUGUGUAUUUACGGCACCAGCUUCACCAGUCUCUCCAGCUUCAUUACCAUCAUCACAGGAUGCAGUUAUAGAAACUCCAUCCUCUUCGACACAGCCUGUCAGUCAAAUCACUGAUGAAAUUGCAAGUGGCUAUAGAACAUGUCUGCGCUAUUUCCUCCCACCCAACUGGAAGAUUGACAAAGAUUCUGUAUCUAAUAUGUCCCUCUCAGAAUUAGCAGCGUUUCCGUUGGAUGACUUCUUCGACCAUUACGAAAAAGGUUUACGUAAGUUGGUGGGGAAGUUUCAAACUGAAGCAGCUGUUAAAAGUGAAGAGGCCGACACAUACAAAGUGAAGAUGUCCUCACUUCGUAAAUUGAUACUUCGACUGCUGAAGAGGAUAAAUACAAACAUUGAGAUUGAUGUCAACACAGACAGUGAUCAAGUUGAUACAUUGUUAGAAGAAUAUGUUAACCAAACCAUACAGAGAGGUUUUUAAAAGCCUCACACAUCCACUCCCCCACUUCAAAACAAUGACUUUGCUUCACUUGUUGCAAUGUUGUGACAUGAAGUAUAUUUCAGUUUUCUGACUGAUUUACCACCACACAUCUAUCAUGUAAUGGAAUACUGACUCACAGCCACACAUAUCUAUUGUGUUAUGGUUGACUGAUUUACAGCCACACGUCUGUCAAGUUCUAUUGACUCACAGCUACAUAUCUGCCACACUCUAUUGCCUCACAACUACACAUCUAUCAUGUUAUCGUCUACUAACUCAGAACCAUUCGCUCUUCCAUAUUAUGGCUUACUGACUUGGGAUCACCCACACAUCCAUUCAUAUUAUGGUCUACUGAUUUACAACCACAUCAUAUCCAACAUGUUAUGGGCUACUGGUUCACAACCACAUUAUAUAGUACUGUGGCUGACAUACAACCAUACAUCCAUCAUAUUUUGAUCUACAACCUGUCUCACAACCGUACCUGUAACGUCUUUUACUCCAUCAACCAUUCAGUUAACUCAACCUUUUACCCAUCAUAUUUUGAUGUUCUGACUGUCUCACAAUCAUACACAUACACACAUAUCCAUUGUGUUUUGGUUACACUUGACUGAUGCACAACUGAAUACUCCACCACCACCACCACCACCAUCAUGCUUUAGUUCACUGACUGACUCAUACACCAAACCAACCUCCAUUUUAGUUUGUCUAUUGUUGAAUAUUGGAUUUAGUUCAUUGCAUCAAAUUUCCAUUUCUGUACAGACAAAAAAAAUAAAUAAAUAAAAGACUAUACCAAAUACUUCAGAUAAAUGUCUCAUGUCCCCUACCCCUCAGAGAGAUGCCUCAUCCACCAAAUUUAAUUCACACCACUAGGCUCCUCAUCAACACACACACACACACACACACACACACACACACACUAUUAUUGUAAACAGUUACACUCUUUCUUUGAACAAAUGUUGAAAAAGAAGAAAAUACAUGGAGUUAUAUUUUCUUUCUUUCAUGUUCAUUUCGAUCGUUCCAUUUAUUUUUCCACAAAACAAAAGAAGAAGAAAAAAAAAGCUUAAAACAAAAUAAAACAAAAAUGAAAGAACAGAUCAAUGUUAGAAGUAGUAUGUUCUCUUUUUUUUUUAAGUAGAAAUGAAUUACGUUUAAAUAUUUUGAUUUUGCUUUAUUUGGUUAUUUUGAGUUCUCAAAAAAGAACAGUUUGUUUCAGUUAUCAUUACAACAUAUCACAAAUGUUAUGAUUACAACAUAUUGCAAAUGUUAAGCAGACCAUGACAUACUUAGGUUAUUCAGCAGACUAUAAACAUAUAGUUAGCUUCUUACUCUGCCAUAUUUUUAUUCUUUAACCCUUUAGCAUUUAAACUGACCAUAUUCAGCCAAAAUAAUCUACAUUUUUUUUUAAUGUUCAAACUGGUCAGAUUCAGCCUCUCACACCUACUCUUCAAUGUCAUUCUAAAAACAAACAAUCAGCUCAUGGAAAUCUGAACAGUACAAGAUAAUACGUGAUUAAUUCACAGCAGUGUGAAUAAAUAAGCACUACAUUUGACAGAAUAAUCUGAAUGCUAAAGGUUUUACCAUCAUUAUUCUUAAUGUACACUUUUCCAUGCUUGCAUGGGUUGGAUGGAGUUUAAUUGAGGCAGAUUUUCUAUAGCCAGAUACGCUUCCUGUUGCCAACCCUCACUUGUUUCUGAGUAAGGUAAUAUUUCCCCAUGGCUGGAAAUGAAAUACACUGCUUGUAUGAUAGUGACAUUCAUUUACAACUAUCUUGUGAUGUCAAGACAAGGAGACAUAAACACACAAUAACAUUCAUAUACACAUAUACAUGUGUGUGUAUCUCUCUCUCUCCCUCUCUCUCUCCCUCUCUCUCUCUCUCUCUCUCUCUCUCUCUCUCUAUAUAUAUAUAUAUAUAUAUAUAUAUAUAUAUAAGGACUCAUUCACAAGGCUUUGGUCAACCCGUGGCUAUAGUGGAAGACGCUGGCCCAAGGUGUCACUCAGUAGGAUUGAACCCAGACCCAUGUGGUUGGGAAGCAAACGUUUUACCACACAGCCAUGCCUGAACCUAUCUUCUUUAAUGUAAAUUUAAAUUGCUUGACAGAUUGCAAUGCGUUAAGGUUUCCAUUAAGCUGUAUCAUUGUUUUCAAGCUAUUCAAAUUAAUUUAGCAUGAAUGAAACAAUCUGGUUGAAGAUAUAUAUAUAUAUAUAUAUAUAUAUAUAUAUAUUUUGCUAUCCAUCAGAUUCAUUAGAUUGGUUAACACUUUACAUUACAUUAUCCAUCAGACCUUAAAACACUUAGGACAUCAAGAAGGCUGUCUAUUAGAUCCUAAACCAGUCAUAGGCCGCCUGUGACUCAUAGGUCUUUGUGAAUGGCACACCUAAUGAAAAAUUACCUUCAAUGUUUUUAGUCCUGCAACCCUGUUUGAUGAAGAACCAUGUCACAUGCGGCCCACUUCUCAUAAAAAAGUUGCCUAUGCUUACCCUAAACCAUCCAGAUUGCUUAGGAUGUCUGGCAAAUCCUGACAUGUUUAAGCUGUUCAGCUGAUAUAAAUACAAAAUUUGUUUAUCCAUUCGACUUAACUCUUUAAUACAUGUUUAACUUGUCAAUGAUAUUUUAUCUUUUGAAACUAUCCUAGUCAAAUGAUGCUUCAUUUGAAGGAAUAAGCACAGAUUGUAACCUAAAAGGAUAUAAAAUUCAUGAAAUCUUGCUAUUUAUCACUGCCCUUGAGAAACUAAUGUUGACAUUUAGAACCUAAGGAGAUAUAGCUGUUCCCUUUCUGUGACAAAACAUUGGUAUCUGGUUGUAUAACUGGGAUUUAUAAAUGAUCUUUUGUGUACGCCUUUGUAGGGCAGUGAGCAGCAGAAUCAGUACAGCACUGAGCAAAAUACAUUGUUCUCAUCUUGUGUAUUGAGUUCAAACUCUUGUCCAGGUUGUGUUUCUCAGUCAACUUUUUGAGGUUGAUAGAAAUAAGAACGGGAGUUGUAAUCAAUUAUACCCUUGAAAGUAGUGUUGACCCAGCAUGGGCAAAGCCUAUUGGCUGAAAGCAGUUCAAAUAUAUUGUUUGUUUUAUUUGUUUUUAAUAUUCAUUUUUCCAUGCUUGCAUAGAUCAGAUGGAAUUUGUUGAGCCAGGUUUUCUACAGCUAGAUGCCCUUUCUGUCGCCAACCCAUACCUGUUUCCAAACAAGGUAAUAUUUCCCUAUGGUAAGACAUGUUUUCCAUGGAAGACUGGAAGUGAAACAACAUGUACGAUGGGGAUGGCCAUGUACAAUGAUUGCAUGAUGUAAAGACGAGUACCCUCCCACUCACCCAAUGCAUAUGAUAGGCUUCUUUCAGUUUCUGUCUACCAAACCCACUUACAAGGCUUUGGUUGGUUUGGGGCUAUAGUAGAUGACACUUGUCGAAGGUGCCAUGCAGUGGGACUGAACCCCAGCAAUUACAUGGCUGGGAAGCAAGCAUCUUAACCACAUAUCCACACCUGCACUCAUAAAGCUAAGUGUGGUGGCGUGGAAAGCAUUGAAUUGGAUCUGUAACUCCCGUUUGAUUCCCAGCCAUAACUAUUGCGCUUAUUUUGCACACACCCUUAAGAAAGUAUGAAUGUUACAGAUAGUUUUCUUGCUCAUGAAGUUUGAGCUAACUACCUGUUAAUUGGCAUGUAUGAUAACAGAAGAUCAAGCUGCAUACAAAUAUAUGUUUAUGUACCUUCUAUGUUCUAUGUGCCAUUGUUACUAAAUGUCAGGAUGUCACAUAAAAGAAUUGUAUAUAUGAAAAACCACAUACACUGAGUUAUGCGAUUGCAAUGAUUCAAAUAUUCAACGAGCAGUUUUAGUGAAUCUUUUCUGGUAACUUCUAACUUAAUAAAGAACAUGGAUGAUAAAAACAAACAUCCACCUGUAAGAUAAUGGUCACAAUUAAUCAACUAUUUCUUACUGCAAUAGAAGUUGUCUGUGGUUAAUCAGUUGGAAUCGAUACACUCACACACUCUCUCCCUCUCUCACACUUCCUUCUCCCUCUCUCACACUUCCUUCUCCCUCUAUCACACUUCCUUCUCCCACUGUAUAUAGACAUAUGUGACAACUGCUGAAGAAUUGAAUAAAAUCGUCCUGAACAAAU